AUGUGGGAAGGAGAAUCCCGAUCGGGCUCGCAAUCAUCACAUGAUUAUGGACGUGACCCUCCAGAGCAACCUCGUCCAGCAGACCAAAUAAGACAGUUACAUCUGACCGAGUCCUCUGGGUCUUUGGAAAGCUCCAUCUCUAAAAAUGGGCGGAGCAAUUCGUCUCAAAAUGCUUAUUCCUGGUGGGAUGACUCCAACAAGAAUUAUUCCUCGACCACCUCCUUGGGUCCAUCGGAAAGCCCUAUAGAUGGACGACGAAAGCUACUUCUUAUCUACAUCCAUGGAUUUAUGGGUGAAGAGACCAGUUUUCAGAAGUUUCCUGUCCAUGUACACAAUCUGGUCACCAAAAGCCUUGCGGAAUCACAUGUGGUCUAUUCCAAGGUCUAUCCGCGAUACAAAUCACGUCGGGCCAUGAACAUUGCUCGUGAUGACUUCAGUGAAUGGUUGCUGCCGCACGAAUCCCACGAUACCGAUGUGCUUUUACUUGGUCAUAGUCUUGGUGGAAUCCUGAGCGCAGAAGUGGCUUUGAACGAGUCCGAUUCAACAAACGGUCUCGAUAUAUUCAAGCACAAUAUUCUUGGUUUGAUCAAUUUUGAUGUCCCUUUUCUGGGGUUACACCCAGGUAUAGUCGGUACAGGAAUAGCCAGCUUAUUUCAGCCCAAACGCAGCGACGAAUCGCCUCAAGAUGAUGCAGCAGAACGGCCAGGGUUGGCAUCUAUUGGUACAGAACUUUUCGGUUUAGAAAAAACAUCUUCUUGGUUUAAGCAGAACCCGGAUUCCAAUUAUGACCCUGCAUUUCCGAAUGACGUUCGUCGGACAAAACGAAGCCAGUUAGAUGGGAUGCUUCACUUCUUGAAGAAGAACACAGGGCAGGUAACAAGCGCAAUGAAGGAGUAUGCGACAUCUUAUUUUGAAUUCGGUGGAUGCUUGACCGACUAUUCAGGUCUUCGCCGGCGAUACUCGAGAUUGAAGGAGUUGGAGGCCGUUGACAGCAUGAACCUGAAACGUGAUCCUCAAGGCCGCUUGCUGCGGAGGAUCAGAUUCGUCAAUUACUACACUGCGAGCCGAGGGUUUCCUAAAAAGUCACAACUAGUGGAUACUCUUGGUUCUAUCAAUGAUGAAUCGAACGAAAGCAGGGAAGCCACCAAACAGGAUGCGGGACCUGCCAUUGAUGUUCUUGAGCCUUCAAGUCCUGUACUCACCGAGGAAGAUUCAGAAGGCGACAACGGCUUAAACAGCGUCGAUCCAAACCCAAUGGAUGAGCACGAGCCUAUGGAGAGUGCCACUUUACCAGAUAAAGGAGACGAUAACCUACUGGUGCAACCUACUACGGACGACAAAUUUGCGUCGCUCCUAGACCUUUUACCGCCUCUUCCGACCAUACCUGAUACUCCAUCAGCGAUUGACCCAUCACAGUUUGAAGAGAAAGAUUUACUGAAACAAGCCCAAAAAGAGUAUACCCGAUUACUCAAAUUUCAAGAGCAAGCUAAAAAGGAAUGCGAGAAAACAAUAAAAGAGCGGAAAAAGCUUCUAGAACAGCUCAAGAAGAAACAUAAAAAACUUAACCCAUCGCCCUCGCUAACAGACGCUCUUGAACCAACAGACGGAGACAGUAUCACCAAUUCAAUCACCAAGGGGGAUGACCCGGACAAUUUUUCGUUACCGGAAACACAGCCAAGCCGGACAGAUUCUAAACGAGGCUCGUCAGAGAAGCCCCCCAAAGAUCGCAAAUUCUGCGUCCUGCCCAAGAUUGGCGACACCCCAGACCCUCUCUGGGUGCGUCUUUUCAUACCUGAUGUUGACGAAGUAGUUGCUCAUCAAUCGAUAUUCAUGCCUAACGGGUUAUAUUAUGAAUGGUUGGUGGGUGAUAUCGUGGGCAGAAUUGAGCAGUGGGUACAAGAUGAUUGCACACGACGGGCGAUUUGGGAAGCAUUGGAAGACGACGAAGGCAAUGUUAACCCAUCUAAGGGUGAAUAUUGA